AUGCCUGCAAAUGAUCAGCUCUUGGAUGAAGAGCAGCUGGGCCCAGGCAAGACCAAAGUGAUGCUGAUUGGAAAGGGGAAACGCUUUGGAGAACUGGUCGAGGCAGUGUCUCCACCUUCCAUUGAAGGCUCCAUUCGUCAGAGAGAUGUGACCCCUGGAACUGUUGGACGCAUUGCUAAGCUUGGAGGAUUGGGUCUCCUAUUUAAGUCUCUCUCUACCCUACGCACUGAGGGGACGUCCAAGUGGCACAGGAGAAGCAGCAAGAUGGAAAUCAGCAUCAAGGAAGCUCUGAUUGGGGACCCACUGCACGACAAUGCUCUGGAUUCAGAGAUGGACGUCUGCCCCAGCUGCACUGACUGCUGCCCCAGCUGCCCCAGCUGCACUGACUGCUGCCCAGGCUGCCCCAGCUGCACCAACUGCUGCCCAGGCUGCCCCAGCUGUAAGUCCUGCUGCAGCUGCUGCUGCAGCGCCUGGAAAAGUUUCCUGUGCUGCCUCCCUAAGCUACUCUGUCAUCUGCCCAAGUGUCCCGGCUGCCCCCUGCACAUCAAGAGAAUCCUAAUCAUCGUGGUGGUCAUUGUGCUGAUAGUUGUGGUCGUCCUGGGAGCCCUGCUGCUGGGACUGCACGUGACCCAGGAACACACCGAGACUGUUUUGCAAAUGACCAUUGAGGGGCUGCAGGGGGAAGAGUCUGGACUGCGGCUCUCCAUGGACUGGGAAGAAGAGGUGGUGACUUUCCUCAUUGAUGCAGGAACCCAUGACCCGGGCACAGUCGUGUAUGACUACAGUAAUCUGCUGAUCAGCUACAAAUCCUGGCAAGGCCGAGCCUGCUACAUCACCAAGAUGGACAAAGAGAACAUUCAGGGCCUGGAUACCAUUGCAAAGGCAUUCCACCAGCAUCUCCAGCUCAAGUCGCUCAUCCUGACCCCCGAGCAGGGUGAGGAGGAGGAGCAGAAAGGGUUUCCUGUGACCCUGGCUGAUCGCUCCAUCCUGGGCACUACAGUUAACAUCCUCUGCAGCAACGUUCCCAUCUACUGGGCUUAGCAAGGGCUCAGGAAGAUUAUGAACAAACAGGAAAAUGAAGGUGAAGACGACUGAGUUAGCUGCAGAAGCCAAUAUUUUAAGUUUCUCGUGUUGACCUGGCUGACAUAGUCGAUUUAAUUUUUGUUUUUGUUUUUUUAAAUAUUUCACUUAACUAUUUUAGUUAAAAACAAUUUUAGC